UAGGGUUGUAGCAGGAACCUGUUUUUCAUGUAUACACUAGUACUUAUUAUGCUGAGACUUCUCAACCAAUCAGAUUGCUCAAGAGUGCAAUUUCUUUAACCACGUGUCGAAAGAGAUUAAUUUAAAUAGUUAGUUUUGUACAAUUGCUGGGAUUAUUUUCUAUAAGGAGGAACAUCAGGAUUAUUUUCUAUAACAAUGGAAGAUUACGAUAUUAAUAAUGUAGACUUCGGGAGGUUACUCACCGAAGAAGAACUUCUGAAUUUAGAUACCUGCAUUAAUUUUCUGAAUCAAGAGAAGGAAAAUCAGAUUAACUUUCAAGAUGUGUUAACUGAAGAUGAACAGCUGAACCUUGAAAAUUGCAUCCAGAAAAUAUUAAAAGAAGAUAGAAUAACCCAGAAUCCUAAUGAAGUGCCGAAAAUGUCGUUGAAUCAACAAGCUUUGCUACAGAAGCCUUUAGCUCAAUGGCACCGUCAGCAGCCUCAAACCCAAUGGCACAGUCAGCAGACUCUAACUCAAUGGUUUAAUGAAGUGACACCGAAAAUGCCGUUUAAUCAACAAGCUUUGCCACAGCAGUCUUUAACCCAAUGUCACAUUCAGCAGCCUCUAACUCAAUGGCACCGUCAGCAGCCUCUAACGCCCCAUCAGCAGCCAAGUGUAUCCAACCAGCAUUUCUAUCAGCCUGUAGCUGCAUCUGUUAAUACUUUGCCUUAUAAUAAUGCACCCUUGGGAUCAUCUGCAUGCUUUUCAAAGUUUGGUCAAAAUACGAGAAAAAUGAAGAAGACUCAUGCAAUGGAUCGCCGAAAAAGGCCUUAUUGCAGAAGACAAAGUCAACCAACUGUAGCUGCAUUUGAGAAUAACUGCUCUUACGUCAGCCCCAGUGGACUUUCGGAAUCUUCGGAAUACUUCUCAAAGUUUGAAGAAAAUAUUAAAAGUUUAGAAAGGGUGUACUGUACCAGAGAUGUUCAAAGUAAGUUUACGUAAAAAACAGUAAAAAGUUCUUCAUUAUCCGGAGCUUCAUUAGGGGCUUUCAUCAGUUUACUUAUUCGUCAGGGCACCUUCAUCGCAUCUAGAGGUUCAUCAUCAUUAUUUUUUAUUCCAGUAAUCUGGCCUUAUUUUUUUAAUAUAAUAUAACAAAGAAAUCAGAUAAGUAAAAAAGUUUUCUCUUCAU